AUGGAGGCAUUGUCGGAAAGCUUGCAGCCGUACAAGGAGAUUGUCGGUACGGGGGCCGCCGUCUUAACGGUGGGGCAAAUGUUUAGCGGCUGCUUCGUCUGCAAUGACAUCCGGAAAAAGGGCACGACGGACGGAUUUUCACCGAUGCCAUUCGUCGGUGGCUGUGGACUUACCAUCCUCUUCCUGCAGCACGGUAUGCUGAUGGGCGAUUCUGCCAUGACCAACGCUAAUAUGGUUGGUCUCGCGAUCAGCCUUGUGUAUGCGACCUUUUUCCUCCUAUAUACGCCUACGGGUGAGCGGGCGAGCUUCUGGCGGCAAGUUGGCUGGACAGCACUGUUCACGAUCACUCUGCUCGGGUACGUCAAGAUCGAGAACCCUUCCGUGGUCGAGGAUCGCUUCGGCAUGAUCAUCACCGUGCUGAUGCUGUGUCUUAUCGGGCAACCCUUGAUUGGGCUGCCAGAUAUCAUCCGGCGGAAGAGCACCGAGGGGCUACCAUUCGCGAUGAUCCUAUCCGGUACGAUCGUGGGGCUGAGCUGGUUACUGUACGGGGUGAUCCUGAAUAAUGUCUUUGUUGUGCUGCAAAAUUUGGCAGCCGUUACGCUGAGCGGGAUUCAGUUGGCUCUGUUUGCCAUUUACCCAUCAACAUCGGCACCAACGGUUAAGAAAAGGGAUUGAAAAAACCAUG